CACGCGCGACGCCCGCGAGGCAGCCACCGAGAACACUGUCCGAGAACACUACCGAGGCAGCGUAGCGGAGCCGACGUCCUCCCCUGGGCCACAACAAGGGCAGCCAUUAUGGCCAAGGACCCGAGGGCUGAGGCCAAUGCCUACCUGCGCGCCCACGGCAUCAAGGAGCUCUUCGCCGACCUCGGCGCGCGCUUGAUGUUCGAAAGGCCCAAAGAUCCGAACGCUUUCUUAUUAGAAGAGUUGGAGCGCGUCCAAGACUCGAAAGUGCGGGGCUUCUUCACGGAUACCGAUAUUGCGGCGUGCUUCGCGGCUUUGGACCCCCACGACACGGGCACGAUCACGGCGAAGCAGUACGCGCAUGCGCUCAAAUCGAUGGGCGUCGAGGCGCCCAAAGAGCCGCUGGACGAAGGGACGGAGGUCGUCGCGAAGGACGACUUCAUGGAAAGGAUGAAGAGGGAGCUCGCGCCGCCGCCGCUGACGGCGUAAGGCUUUGUCCC